AUGUGCUCCUUCCUGGCUGAAAGAGAAGCCUUACAUCAAAUUAAGAUUUACGCAAGACGGCAUGAUUAUGAAAGUUUUGGAAUCGUGGAAAAUAAAACUUUCGGAAGGCGGGAAACACUUAGUUGGCUCUCUUGCCAACUUCAGUUUGCGAGUGGACCAGAAAGUUUGGUGCUACUGGAAGACUGUAGACGAGAGAGAGAAAAAUGUUACUUCGAGGGCAAAAUUAUCGAAAUUUGGGAUGAUUCCGGUGUUACAGCGGAGAUCGAAGCAGAUGAAGAUCAAACGAUUCCCGUAACAAACGACUUUGAAGCGUUGGAAGAAGUUGAAGGUAAGAAAAUGACACAGCUUUAUAUAGGCUAUCGAGAAGUAACAGUUUAAACAUGAUCAUGCAUGAUCAAAGAGUGUACAAAGUGUAGUUUUAAUGAAGAACAAGGGAUCCUUAAACUGAAACUGGGCCUAUGGAAAGCGUGCUCUGAAGCGGUUAUGUUUGAUGUUUAAGAACUCGUUCUUCAAAGUCCUCCGACAAAGUGAACCUGAGACGACUCAUUACUCCAACCAGGAUUUAAAAUUCAAAACUAAUUAUUAAAAACUAUCGUUCAGUUCUAGUGUCGGAAAUAUACUAAAAAAAGUUUUGCUUGCAUUUGGCAGCUGCAAAUGGGGAGGUUUCCCCUAAAAAAAAGAAACAGAAGCGGACGAAAGAAAUGAAAAAGACCGCCAAACCCCAAGUU